AUGUCUGAUUCUGCAAAAACCACUCCAAUUAACGACGAAGCUACUCGAUUUCAGUCCGCCAUGGGUAUGGACUCUCUUGUUGUCAACGCCAUUCCCCUUUCAAGUAUACCACCUAUUAGUCCUGCUAAAAGGGUGAAGAAAACAUCGAAGAAGGAGAAGACAUCACAUGUGAGCCUCAACUCUUCAUCUCCCUCUGCUUCGAUUAAGAAAAAGAAGAGCAAGAAAUCGAAAUCUGAAACGAAGAGGAGUUUCACAAUGUCUGAACUACAUAUUGAUCCACUUCCAUCGAGUGGUACUGCUACUCCUGUCAUUAAUCUUGCUGAAGAAAAUGUUGACGCAUCUGGUAAGAAUUCUCUUAAUCAAAACCUUAAUGUUCCAAAUUCUGCUGAAACCCUAUGUUUAAAGGACCCUGCUGUGUCUGAAAAAUUGGGAAAAAUGUUCCUAACCCCCCUACUAUUGUUGAUUCUAAUAUUGAUGUUACCCACGUCUUUGGCAACAGAAAAUCUUGUGGACUAUUCUGAGUCUGAUGAGAGUCCCAAACCUAAGUCUGCUGGUGAGGAGAUUGCUGCUGAUAAGGAUGUUAAUGAAAAUCCUGAUGUUAUAAUUGUAAAUGAAACCACUGUUAGUGAUGAGUCUGUUCCUACAAAUUCUGAUGUUAGUGUGGCUAGAAGGACUAGAAGCAGGGCUGGUAAAGGUAUAGAAACUGCUAACACACCUGUCCAAACGCCCAAAUCAUCUAGGGCUGGAAAAGGUACUGGUAGAAAGCCCCUAUAUGGACCUCCAAAACCUGUUAGUAAGGUGGUUCCUAGAACUGAGGAAAAGGGAAAAGCUAAGAAAAAGAAAGCUCCACCAACUAGUGACUCUGAGAGGUUGGCUCUAGAGAGGAAUCUGAAGGAAGACAUCCUCCAAUGCCAAAGUGUUGUUGAAGCUAUUGAAUAUGCAGCAAGUCCUGAAUAUAGGCAAGUUUUUGUUCGUGGGAAGUGUGUCAAAUUCUCACCAACUGUUAUUAGCCAAUAUCUGCAAAGAAAUUCUGAAGAGGUGGCUGAUAUAAAGGUUACAGACAAUGAGGUCUGCAAGGUCCUCACAGCUGGCAGCCAUGCUAUGACCUAUGCUGUUGAGAAGCCAGUAGCCCUUCCCACUCUGUUAUGUAAUAUCAUCCUUGAGCAGCAUCCAGAUAUUCUGAGGAGUACUGAUAUUCCUUGUAAAAGGAAAGGAUUGCUGACCAUUGAGCAAAGGCUGCUUGAAGGGACAAAUGUUGCAGCAGGUGUUGGCUCAUCUAUCCAGGCUGGGGUACUCUCUAGGAAGCAGAUGAUUGCUGACUUGACUGAGGCUAGCAGAGCACUUGAGGCCAGAAAAUUGAAGAUAGAUCGUGGACCCAGAUCACCUUUUGACUUUGGUUCUUAUAUUCUUGAUGAAACUGUUCUAGAUAUUAAGUCAUGUGCUGUGAAGAUGCCUAUAGCCUUCCCUACACUGAUGGGUGAUAUUGUUCUGGCACAACAUCCUGGCAUCUGUACUGAGGAUGAUAAGAGAGGUUGUGAUUUGUCUUUUGAUUUUAGACUAUUUGAGUAA